UCUGUCUGUGCGCCAUCUUUGAUUAUUUCUUUUUCUCGUAGACACCGACGUGUUGAAAACGUGUUAAACGUAGCGAGUGUCUAAUUUUCACUUUUACAGCAAAAUGGGUUUCGUGAAGGUUGUUAAGAAUAAGCAGUACUUCAAGCGUUACCAGGUCAGGUUCCGCAGGCGUCGUGAGGGUAAGACCGAUUACUAUGCUCGCAAGCGUCUGAUCGUCCAGGACAAGAACAAGUACAAUACCCCCAAGUAUCGUAUGAUUGUCCGUCUGAGCAACCGUGACAUCACUUGCCAGAUUGCUUACGCCCGUAUUGAAGGUGAUCGCAUUGUGUGCGCUGCCUACUCGCACGAGCUACCGCGCUAUGGCGUUAAGGUCGGUCUAACCAACUACGCUGCUGCCUACUGCACUGGACUGCUGGCUGCCCGCCGCAUUCUGCAUAAGCUUCGUCUGGACACUGUGUAUUCUGGAUGCACCGAUGUGACCGGUGAAGAAUACUUGGUCGAAUCAAUCGAAGAUGGCCCAGGAGCUUUCCGUUGCUAUCUGGAUGUUGGUCUGGCUCGUACCACCACUGGUGCUCGUGUCUUCGGUGCCAUGAAGGGUGCUGUUGAUGGUGGCCUCAAUAUCCCCCACUCCGUCAAGCGUUUCCCAGGCUACAGCGCUGAAAACAAGAGCUUCAACGCUGAAGUCCACCGUGCUCACAUCUUCGGUCAGCACGUCGCCGAUUACAUGCGCACCCUGGAGGAAGAGGACGAUGAUGCCUACAAGCGUCAGUUCAGCAAGUACAUUGGCCUCGGAAUCAAGGCCGACGAUAUUGAGACCAUCUACAAGAAUGCCCACGCUGGUAUCCGCAAGGACCCGGUCUUCCACAAGAAGCCGGAGAAGAAGGUCACCAAGAAGCGCUUCAACCUGGCCAAGCUAACCCUCGAAGCCCGCAAGGCGAAAAUCGCCAAGCACAAGGCCGACUUCAUGGCCAAGAUCCAGGCCGAUGUCGAAGCCUAAAUCUCCUUUUUGCUGUUGCACUCCAGUGGAUAACUACAAAAGCUACUCCCAGAAAAUCAACGGUGAUCUACAUCUUCCGCCUGCGAUUAUCGAUCAGUUGGAUCGAAGAGCAUUACGUUUGCCCACUCUACUAUUCUUGUGUUACAUUACUUGCUUUAUCCGAAUUGAUGCGCCGCCGAAUUCUAAGUACGCAUUCUUACAGUUACACCUAUCGAUCAUGUUUAGGAAGAUAAGCAAUUUGUGUAUUUUUGAAUAAAUGUAAUGUUUUUUAUUCAGCUGAAACGUGAGAAAA